GAAGCCUCAUUGGUCAAAACUGAAGGUGGGAGUUGUGCUCAGCUCAGUGAGCAGACGCCGUCCUAUAUAAGCCGUGGAUCCUGGUAAAGUCCUCUCAUCCACAAGAUCACUCAGCAACCAUGAGGUCUCUGGUCUUUGUUCUGCUCAUCGGAGCUGCUUUUGCCUUGGAGGACGACAAGAUCGUUGGAGGGUAUGAGUGUCAGCCAUACUCCCAGCCCCAUCAGGUGUCUCUGAACUCCGGCUACCACUUCUGUGGAGGCUCUCUGGUCAAUGAGAACUGGGUCGUGUCUGCUGCUCACUGCUACAAAUCCCGUGUGGAGGUGCGUAUGGGCGAGCACAACAUCAAGGUCACUGAGGGUACUGAGCAGUUCAUCAGCUCCUCCCGUGUCAUCCGUCACCCCAACUACAGCUCCUACAACAUCAACAACGACAUCAUGCUCAUCAAACUGAGCAAGCCUGCCACUCUCAACCAGUAUGUGAAGCCUGUGGCUCUCCCCUCCAGCUGUGCCCCUGCUGGCACCAUGUGCAAAGUCUCUGGCUGGGGCAACACCAUGAGCUCUACUGCUGACAAAAACAAGCUGCAGUGCUUGGACCUCCCUAUUCUGUCUGACAGUGACUGCAGGAACUCCUACCCUGGAAUGAUCACCAAUGCCAUGUUCUGUGCUGGAUACCUGGAGGGUGGCAAGGACUCUUGCCAGGGUGACUCUGGUGGCCCCGUUGUGUGCAACGGCGAGCUGCAGGGUGUUGUGUCCUGGGGAUACGGAUGUGCUGAGAAGGAUCACCCUGGUGUCUACGCCAAGGUCUGUCUCUUCAACGACUGGCUGGAGAGGACCAUGGCCAGCUAUUAAAUCUGAUCUUUCCAGAUUCUACCUCCAAUAUAUUUGUAGAUUUUUGAAAAAUGUUCAGACAUGCACCACCUAAGUCAAUAAAGCCUUAGACACCGAAUUCUAAA